ACGAGUUUCGAUUCUGAAACAUUUAUUUUUUUUCGGAUAAUUAUUUAUAAAGAAAUAACUUUAUUUUUAUUUCAACGAUAUUGUGAGAAUUUUUUUAUGUUUGUUGUCAUCAAACAUUAAAAAUAUCUUCUUUCGUUAUUAUUAUUACUUAUUCCUUUAUUUUAUGACUAGUGUUUCAGAAACUGACUUGGAGAUAUGGAUGCACCUUCUCAAAAUAUGAUUCAGCAUAAGUAUGGACGAGAUUAUUUACUUCAACUUAGGCUCCAUCCUUUCUCCUUACAGAAACCAGACAAUUUAAAAAAUCAUGAUAUUGUGAAAGAAAAACUUUAUUUACACCAAUUAAACUUUGGCAAUGGAUCUCAAAAUACCCAUUUAUCCCAGCCAUGUACUUAUCCAGAUUUUCCAAUGCCUUUGAAGGAUCCAGAAAAUAUUCUGCGUUAUCAUCAUUCUAUUCCAAAUUGUUACUCUAGAAACUGUUCUUCAUAUAUCACUGGACGUAAGUGUAAUACUGGAAUACAUGUUAAACCAUCAUCGAAGAGUCGUCAACUAUACAUACCCGAUUAUGUUAACUCUAUACAGAAGUUGCAAUUUCAGAAUUCGUCUGAUUUUGAAGAUUUUUUACAUGAUGAUAUCUAUUGUUCAAAUGCUCCUUGGUUAAAGCAGUGUUGCUCAUUUUCAGAAGAAACAUGGAAUUGUCGAAACCAGCGAUCUGAUCAUGAAUCUUCUUCAAAAUCAAGUUUUGAGAGCUCCUCAAGAAGCAAGAAAAAACCAUUACCAAUCAUUGAUCCAAAGAAUGGAAAAAAUAUCUUGGAUGGUAUUUGUGAAGUUUCUACAACACAAGAAAGUAUUACAUCUGAUUCAAAUGAUGGGGAUUCUGGAGCUAAAAGUGGUAGUACAUUAAUCUCAGAAAUAGACAAGCAGCCAGAUCAUGAUGAAUGCACUCUUUCUGCAACAGAUAAUAAUGGAAUUGAAACUAUUACUCAAAACUUAUCAAAUAUUGAUUGUUCUAGCCAGUCCCAGAUUUCAAGUUGUAGUUAUCAGAAUCCAAGUUGCAAAGAUGAUAGAAUCUGUGACGACGAUGGAAAUAAUAUCAUGGCAACUUUUAAAGAUGAAAACAUUGCAUUUAAAUCUGAUUUUGAUGUGAACUUGAAAAAAGCUGCAGAAAAAAGCAUUGACAAUGGCAUACCUAUAAAAGAAAUGUUGGAUUCAGAUUAUGAAUUUUACAAGAAAAUUCCUUCUCGUAGCUAUUAUGGACCUAGAAUUUCCGAUUCUUUUGAAUCUUUAGAAGAAAAUUCUUCAAAGGAUGUACAUGGCGAUUGCCCUUUCCAGAAAAAGAUUACUACUGAUAGAAAUAAAACCAUGACAAUACAAGAAAGUGGCAUGAAAUUAGAAGAUGAAUUAAAAGUGAAUAUCAAACUGCUUAGAGAGAAAAUAUAUUCAGUAAAACAAGAGCAACAAAAAAUGGCAAUUCUGCAAAGUUUUUUACAUUUCAAGAAGCAUCAGUUAGAUGAAGGCUACCGAAGAAUGGAUGACAAAAAAAUUGAAAUUGCAAACUGGGAGUGUAGUUUAGCAAAUAGGGCUAAAAGAUUACUGGAGAAGGAAUGUAGGUUGGAAGCUAAAAGGUUGAACCUUCUAGAUAAAGAAUCAAAAUUAGAUGAAAGAGAAAAGAUGUUAAAUGAAAACCGAAAAUGUACUGAAACUAAAUUUCAGCAAGAUAAUGAAACUGUAGAAGAGAUAGUAGAGGAAAUAAACUCGGAGAGUAAAAUGAAAUAUCCUGAGAAGACAUUCUCUGUUGACUAUGAAUUUGGUGACACUCCUGAGGUUAAAAUUUAAACAGGGGGGAAAAAAUAGAAUUUGAUAAAAUAUUAUAAUUAUAUGAGAUUUUAUAAUACAUUCUCUUAUUUCACAUUAAAAUAUAAAAAGUUUCAUUACAUGACCAUUCUUGAAUAGGGUUUUAAAAGAAAAGGAUAUUGAAUAAUCUAAAACUUUUUAAAAGUUAGAUUUAUUUAGCAAAUGCAUUGUGAUGGUUGGAAGUGUUGCAUUAAAUAAAGUAAGAAUUAAUGUUCAUUCUUGAAGAUGAGAGUAGUUAAUUAUCAUAUUUUAAAAUGUAAUAACAAAUGUGAAAUUAAGCCUUUAAAAAUAUAUAUAUAUAAAGAUGUUAAGAUAAUGUUUUCUAUAUUUUUUCCAUUUUAAAAUUAUAAAAAAAAAAUUGACUUGUUAGUUCUCUUCAUGCUUUAUAGAUA